UGGGUUCUGACGACGACGGCGGCGACGGCGGCGACGGCGACGACGGUGUGUUCUCUUUGACCGCCAGGGAUUCUCGUCAGAGUAUCUCCUGUAUCUUGAUCUUAGGGGUCGUGUGCGAUCCCAGGCUAGAGGCCGGAGAGCUGGCAUGCCUUGUUUACCUUGCCUAGGGGUUCGCUCGUCACCGUGACGCAGGAGAGGGUUUGAUGCCCUUCUGUUCCUGUAUAGUACUAACAUGGCUUGAAAAUGGGUCCAUCUAGCCCGUGGUGCACGGGAAAACUGGGUUUCCAUUUUGUCACACAUGCAAGGAGCUUACCGGCAAUUAAAACAACUAUAUUGGCCCCAUCGCCUUGGUUAUGCUCUACUAGUUCCACCCUAUUAGGUUCGACGGGAGCUCUGCCGAGAGGUUCCUUUGCAGAUGGACAGGCCGGGGGGCCUGCAUUGGGACUUAAGUUAUCUGCAAUAAGCUUCCGAUCUGGAUUCCCGGGAAUUGGUUCACAGCAGUCGAUCAUUCUGCUUCAUGCCGGCGUUCCAUGGUUCCUCCGGCGCCAACUAUAUCUUGUUCACACACUCCACCUAGUGAAUGACAAGAAACUCCCUUUCCACGAUCGUCCCAUUAUUUGGCAUCAAUACAUCACGGCACCAAUACGUCAGGGAGCUCUGAUCGGAGAUCCCACGCGAAUCUCACACGAUUAACUUUCACCCGAGACUCGAUCUUGAAGGAUCAAAAAAAAAGAAAAAGAAAUACAAGGGCGGGAAUCUCACUUCUAUCCAUUUCGGGUGGUAGAUCGAAAAAGAAACACGGCCUACUUGCUCUAUAUAUGAAGCUAGAAACGAUACG